UUCUUUUCCACCUAUAUAUAUAUACACAACACAUUUCUCAUCUUCAACCAUCUACGAGACUUUUCUUUUCCACCACAUUUCUCACAACUAUUUGAUAGAAAGAAAAUAAAAAUAUCACAUUUCCCUUACUUGAUUUGUUACACAAUGGCCAUCCGCCAAAUGCUGAGACGGUCUUUAUCCAGCGAGAGAAGGUCAAUUGAAGUAGUUCCGAAGGGGCAUGUUGCUGUUUACGUUGGAGAUAAUGAAAAGAAGCGGUUUGUUAUUCCAGUGGCGUACUUGAACCACCCCUCGUUUCAAGAGUUGUUGUUUCAAGCUGAGGAAGAAUUCGGGUUCAAUCACCCGAUGGGCGGCCUCACCAUCCCUUGCAGUCAAGAAUUAUUUGUAGACUUCAUCUCUACGUUCAGCUCAAGAUGAUUUGUAGCAAUGGUUCUAGCUAGGAGGAAUAGAAUGUUGUAGAUUAGAAAAUGUAUGUAUCCAUUGGAAAUACAUAAUAGUAGAUGAAUGAAUAUACAUGAAAAGAUAUUUGUACGUUUCGUCUCUAGCUUUGGCAGAAGAUGAUGUGCUUUAAAAGGAUCAAUUUUUUU